GGACUGCCGCAGCCUUCUUUGAUUGAGAGUUGCCAUUCGCGCACAGUCACAAUCGCACUUUUUCGGACACUGAAAAAAUUCAGAUGAAAUCGUUCUUGACUGAACUAUUGCUUUUUUGAGCUCGAAGCCGAUAAAGAAAGCAAAUGGCACCCAGUCGUCAGUGGAAUGGGAAUGUGGACGGUAAGGGAAUCAUAUCAUUGCCAAUGUCUAAUAUGUGAUUGACCAACAUUCACUAGUGACAGAAGGAGUAGGCGAGUGGAAUUCUGAAUUUUGGCUCGAAUCUAUACAACAGCUGUCAAACGAUAACGCCUUGAAGUCGAUAUUUUGGGGUGAACCUUCUAAAAAACCAUCGCCCUCUUUGCAGAAACAAAAGCUUCCGACUGCAAUUCCGAUGGAUACGACGACGACCAAUCGACCAGUGGACCGAGGCACAGACAAGGUUGGGCUGAAUGAUAAAGAGACGUCCAACGCAGCCUCCGUAUUCAGCCCUCCGAAACUGGCAAAGGAUGAGGAAAAGUCAAAACGAAAGGAAACCUCUCCGAAAAAGGUUGCAUCCAAGUUUUCUGAUAUUGAUAAGACACUUCGUGUUAUUGACAGAGCUCUUCGUAAAACAAAGGAAAUGCAGAGAGAUAUGUUGGAACAGGCCGAGGCCCUGAAAGAUAGACGUAAAACAAUGGUCACUUCUGCACGAAAGCAGAGAGGCAAGAAAGGUUCCGAAAUCAACCGUAUAAACGAUUCGCGGAAUAGAAAGCUGACGAAUAACAAAAUGAAAAACGUACAAACAGUUGAUCUUCCCGCGCAAAAAGAACCUGAAAAGAAGCAAGACCAGCAAAUGCAAGCGUUCAAAAAAAAUCACGACACCGAUAUGGAAGGCACGGUGGAUUCUGCCAGUGAAAGUAAACAUCUGAACGACGACCUAGAACAAGCUCCGGAAGAUCCUGCAAUGAAUAAAACCGAUCAAAAUCCCGAGGUACCUCCAGUAGAAGAAGAGGUAGAUGAGGCUACAGCGGAGAAGCACACAGAAGUGGCCGAUGCAACUGAAUCCGAUGGAGUUAUGGAAGCUGUUCAUCCCGAAACAAUUGAUCAAGAUGUCAAGACGGAGGAAAUUUUGGACAACAUUGCGCAAGACGUCACCACCGAAAGUGCCGAUCCAGAGGAAACCGUAGAUCAGAAGACGCAGGACACCGGUAUCGGCGGGGCCGGUAUUACUGAAGCGGUCGAUCCCUCGAAAGUGGAGCAAUCCAGCGAACAUACGAACUCCGAACAUGCAGAGACAAAACCGAAGAUUGAGCAUACCAAAGUGGAUGGAAUGGUUGAAAACGAGGAGAAAGAAGAAGAAGAAGAAGAAAAAUAUACCCAAACAAAUGUACCACUUCAGGACGAUUUAUCGGAAACUGACGAUGCGAAUCAUCAUGUGCAGCUGGCCGAUUCGGAAAUUGAACAGAUCGCCAAGGACAGCCUUAUCCACGACAAGAAGGAUGAAUGUAGCAAGGCCCACGACGAUGCUCUUCAAAUUUUGGAUGAGAAUGAAAAAGCCGACAACGAGGGGACAGCUGUAGCCGAUAAACACGUGUAUGACGAGGAUGAGGAUGACGACGAAAGCGACCAAGAUGGAGACGACAACGAGAAACACGGCAUCGAGGAAGAUAAUAACGAAGCAGACGAUGAUGAUGACAAUGACGAGGAUGAGGACGAGGACGAAGAUGAAGAUGAUGAAGAGUCCGAGUCCGAGUAUGAAGAUGGUGACGAUGAGGAUGGUGAUGAUGACGGUGGGGAACAAAUCACCAUCAGUCUGGCUUCCUUGCUGAAUCCUCAAAAGCCUUUGUUCAAAACCCACGUUGUUCGUUGCACGCUGACGGAUCUGGUGCUGGGGGAAAGGAGUGCAACCAUCCGAAACGCAUUGGAUAGCUUACGAAGUCGAUCUUCUGAUACACCACAACCACACCCAUCUAGCACAGACAGACGUUCCAGCCUAAAUGUAAACGCAAGUUCAUUUUCUUAUCAUCUAUCCAACCCUCAAGACACUGAAUCGCAGUUACCCGGCAGCAGCCCAUCCAAAUCAAGUAAUGCGCAGCACGAUUCAGAUUCAAUACACGCGCCUCAGCAUGAUGACGGAGUAGAAGACGAUGAUCACACAUUCUCUCACUUAAACGACAAGUCGCUGGUGUCCGAAUUUAGCUUAGCCACAAUCACGGCAGACAAUGCCUUCGUACCCGCAUCGGUGGUCUCCGAAGAAGGCGCAGGAUCUCAAUGGCUGUCAAGUACCUUCAAUUACCCACCGAGUUUUAACUCGAGUUAUGCGGCAUCACAGGAAACGUACGCCGCCCAUCAUAGUGCGUCAUUCGCCGCCGAUGCCACACAUAAUCUCGAUGAUUUAGCACCCAAAGACUAUGCGGGACGCCAACGGAUAUCAUCUACGGCAAGUUCUGCAAACAGCUUCAACGUGCUUGCUCCAGAAUUUCAACUGGCCCCUUGUCCAUCCAAAAUGAAUGUCGAUGCCAAACCAUUCGACAUCUCAGCCUAUGAUUUCUCACCCGAGGAAUACAUUGACGAUUCAGUGGUUGCUUAUUUGAAGCAAGUGUAAAAAGAAAAAUUAGUUAGAUUUGUCAUCAGUUUUUACCGUAUCCAAUCAUUUUACCAUAUGCCACACGUCAUGCACAUGACCAAGAGGCGCAAUUACCGUGGCUAUAAAGUUGAAAAUAUCAGGGGUGUAGCUGGCUGCAUCUAAGG